ACGUUGAUCAUUUAAAAUAAAUAUUUGUGAAGUAAACCAUAGGCUGGUAGACUGCUGCAAGAACUACUUGCCCCAUUUUACAGCGGUGUGGGCUCCGAUUACAGUCUCACGCAUGCGCUCUGCCGACAUCAUGUCGUAUUUAAGCGCGAGCAGAAGAGACGAGCUUCCUGUCAGACACACACGAUACAUUAACGUUCUCGGGCGCUUUUAAAAAUAUAUUCUCCUUUCAUAUAACGGGAUUUAUCUUUAUAAUGAUGUCGUAGCGCCAUUUUGGUUUCGAUUUGUGGAUCGAGGUGGAGUUACAUUUUCACCUUGGCUAACUUGCUAAUGCUAGCGAGCUGCCUGUCGGUUGAGAAAAACAGAAAGCGGAAGAAGUGUUGGAUGACGAGAGAGGAAGUGCUGGAGUGCACAUUUCUGGUCUGAAAGCAGGUUUGCUAGUGGAAACAGAGGAAUGGAUGGUGAUGACGGAGCAACUUCUGAAAGGAUUCUUCUGGAGCCGUACAAGUACUUGUUACAACUGCCGGGAAAACAAGUCCGGUCAAAACUUUCUCAAGCGUUCAACCACUGGCUCAAUGUCCCAGAGGAUAAACUUCAGGUCAUCAUUGAGGUGACCGAAAUGCUUCACAAUGCCAGUCUGUUGAUCGAUGACAUCGAAGACAGCUCAAAGCUGCGCCGCGGUUUCCCCGUCGCUCACAGCAUCUACGGCGUCCCAUCCGUCAUCAACUCCGCCAACUACGUCUACUUCCUGGGUCUGGAGAAGGUGCUGACGCUUGACCACCCAGAAGCCGUGCGCGUCUUCACCCGUCAGCUGCUGGAGCUGCACCGCGGCCAGGGGCUGGACAUCCACUGGCGUGACACCUACACCUGCCCGAGCGAAGCCGAGUACCGCGUCAUGGUGCUGCAGAAAACCGGCGGUUUGUUCGGCCUCGCCGUGGGACUCAUGCAGCUCUUCUCUGAUUGGAAGCAGGAUCUGAAACCUCUGCUGGACACCCUGGGCCUUUUCUUCCAGAUACGAGACGACUACGCCAACCUGAACUCACCAGAGUACAGCGCCAACAAGAGUUUCUGCGAAGACCUGACGGAGGGCAAGUUCUCCUUCCCCACCAUACACGCCAUCUGGUCGCGUCCCGAGAGCACGCAGGUGCAGAACAUUUUGCGCCAGCGCACCGAGAACGUGGAUAUCAAGCGCUACUGCGUCGACUACCUGGAGAAGGUGGGAUCUUUCGCGUACACCCGGCAGACCCUCGUGGAUCUGGAAGCGGAAGCGUACCGGCUGAUCGUGGAGCUGGGAGGAAAUCCUGAACUUGAGGCGGUGGUGGAGCAUCUGAGUCACAUGUACAAAGAACCCGAAGAGAGAAGUUCAGAGGCUAGAGCUGGACCUUCAGAAGCCUAGACAGAACAGUGACCCCUGGAAUUGUGUCCAGGAUGUCUUAACACAUUUGUACGACUUUUUUGUACGAGUUAGUGUUUGUGUUUUGUUAAUUUGCCCAAUUCAGCAAUGCACCAGAUGAGAACAUGACCGACACGCUUUGGCCUGAAAUCAAUUCUCUCUUUUUCUCUAAUAAAGUCUCUUAAUGUUAUCAACAUAACAUGAGGCUUCAUGUUAUUAAAAUGGUAUAAAACCUGAGGAAUGGAGUGAAACAGGAACUUGCUGCCAGUUAGUGCAAAAUAUUUGUUUUAUGGUUAAAAGACACUAUCGUCUGUCAAACGAACAGAAGCUUGAAUAAAGGAUUCAACUUGGUCUACAAACAUACAGUAUACAUGUAAGUUAGUUACAUUUAGGUUCAUGCGUAUUUUAGUUUUUGUCCAUUCAUUUAAAAUUGGCCCAAAAUGCCUUUCAUACAAUGCAUCCCCAAACCAAAAGUAAUUUAUCAAAAACAUUUCUGAAAAAAAUGAUUCCUUUCAACAGGCUACAUUUUCUUGAUGUAAAAGAACAUGCGUGCAUUUGUCCUUGGAAUUUGGUGUGAAAUGUUGCCUGGUUAUGUUUUCAUUAGAUUUGUGUCUCAAAAUAUUCAACAAGAGUGGUCGGCCUUUUUCGAGUAGCGUGUAAUAGUUUAUAAACCGUACUGUGGCCAGGAGGUUGCUGAAAAUGAAGAUUUUUCAUGGUAAUGUAAAGAGGCCUUACAUUCAUAUUCGUGGAUUCACAUUAAUAAGAGCGAGUGGUGUGUGAAGAAACUUGAACACUCCUGAAAUGUCUUUUUACGUUUCACCAGAUUUGAUUAUUUGCAGCUGAUGUUUUUGACUGUAUACUCUCAGUAUGUAUGACUGUAUUUAUCUUUCACUUGAUAUUCUGAACAUAGUGAAUUGGCAUGAAAGUUAAAAACAAGUUUAGCACAGCAAUAUAAUGUUUAUUUACUUCCUGUAGCUGAAUUUGAAUGUUUUGUUUUGUGAAUGUUUCUGUCAAUAAACACUCGCCUCUACAUGUGUAUACAAUUUGCUAUCAAACUUUUGAUUUUAUUUUCUCAUACUUAAAUUGUGAGUGAGAUUCCAUUCUAUCAUAUGUUUGUAGAGGAUUCAUAAAUGUUUUCGUUUUAUGGGUUCACCUGACCAUUUAAAACCAAAGAGAUUAAUCAAAAUAAAAAUGUAUAAAAGACUUCAAAUUUGAGAUUAUGCACUUUA